CUUGUUUCAGACUAGAUGAGUGUAACCUUGGAUACCGGACCCCGGAUCUGCUGGAAUAUAUGUUUAAGGACAAAUUUGACAACCAGUGUGAGACUUGACUGAAUCAGGAAAUUGACUUAAAAUUGAAUUACCAGCAUCUCGAGUCUACUGAAAGGACAGGCAAGAAGAGAAACCCUGGGCUGAAAAUUCCUAAAGAAGCGUUUGAACAGCCACAGACAAGCUCUACGCCCCCUCGAGAUUUAGAUUCCAAAGCCUGCAUCUCUAUUGGCGAGAAGGAGCUGUAAAAUUUUCUACAGAAUGAAAGCUUUCAUUAUAUAUCUCUCUGGUUUAGAGGAUGGAGAACUUUGAAGUGAAGGCCGAUGACCUGGAGCCGAUCUCUGAACUGGGCCGAGGUGCUUACGGGGUGGUGGAGAAGAUGCGGCACAUGCCUAGCGCACAGAUCAUGGCGGUGAAGCGGAUCCGAGCCACAGUGAAUAGCCAGGAGCAGAAGAGGUUACUGAUGGACUUGGAUAUCUCCAUGAGGACGGUAGACUGCCACUUCACAGUCACUUUCUAUGGUGCGCUCUUUCGAGAGGGAGAUGUGUGGAUUUGCAUGGAGCUGAUGGAUACCUCGCUGGACAAAUUCUACAAACAUGUCAUUGACAAAGGCCUGACGAUUCCUGAAGACAUCUUAGGGAAAAUAGCCGUCUCUAUUGUAAAAGCACUAGAACAUCUACAUAGUAAGCUCUCCGUAAUUCACAGAGAUGUAAAGCCCUCUAAUGUGUUGAUCAAUACACAGGGGCAGGUGAAAAUGUGCGAUUUUGGAAUUAGCGGUUACCUCGUUGACUCUGUUGCUAAAACCAUGGAUGCAGGAUGCAAGCCCUACAUGGCUCCUGAAAGAAUCAACCCAGAGCUAAACCAGAAAGGAUACAGUGUCAAAUCGGAUAUCUGGAGUCUGGGAAUCACUAUGCUUGAAGAAGAAUUCCAAAGAACGGCCAACAUACCCAGAGCUUAUGCAACACCCUUUCUUCACCCAGCACGAAUCCAAAGAGACAGACGUGGCUUCUUUUGUAAAACUCAUCCUGGGAGACUGAGAAACGGACUUGUACACGAUUUGCCUUUCUGUGGACUGGUGGGUUUAGGGGAAAAGGGGUGUGCGGCGGGGCUUGGUCACGAAAGCACCAAUAGAAAGUCGCCUUUUAAAAAAAAAUUUAAAUCCCCGCCUCGCCAAUGUUUUUAAAGGGUUCUUUGGUAUCCAUAGUGACAUAGAGUGAACUGGUUAGUGAAAUGAAUUUUAAUAAGGUUGGCACCCUUCAAACAAACAAAAUAAUUUUUAACAAGGGUGAUUGAAAUAUUUAAUGACUGUCAAAAUGCCAUUCCCUUCCAUGCCCCAACCUCCUCAACCCUCUUCCCUUGUUUCUGUCAAAUUGCUUUUGUCAUGGUAAUAGGUGCUAUGGUAGUCAUGAAGUUGUAUGUAGAUUUAUAUUUUGUCCCUUCCAUUAUUUUAAUAUUUAUGUUAAGUGCUGGAUUGAAUAGAUUUCUGUUUUCUAUGAGAAUGAACGUGUGAUGAUGAUGACGAAAAUGAGGCUACAGCAAGCAAUAUUUAUAGGGCUUUGCUGUGGAAAGGGUUAAAAGGAGAAAAGGAAAGAAAAAAAAAGAGAGAAGAAGCCUGUAUGUUGUGGAAAACUAUUUAAUGUGCAUUGUUAAAGAAUUUUUAACAAGGAUCUUGGUUCAAAUGCCGGGGCUACCUCGGAAAACACGCUGAGGGGAUUGAUAGGAUCUCACAUGAUGUGGGACGCGGUCGGGCACAGGAGAGAUUGCUCUGAUGACACGUAAAGAGGAAACACAGCUUGGUUCUCAUGGUGUUUGCGGUGCAUUCCCAGCGCACGGCGUUGCUAAAGCCUCUGGUUCCAGCGGUUUAGACGCGUGUCUGACAGGCAGUGAUGUCCUGAGGCAGAAACGUAGUGACUGGGACUAAUGCAGGGAGGAAAGGUUCGUUUUAAAGUGCGUGGCAAUGUGAAGAGGCAAUAGCUGAUCCCUCACCUGGCUAUGAAUUCGGGAGCGUUUCAUGGAGAACCUUGCGCUGAUGUUAGAGUUCAGAUUUUGUGGUGGUUUUGGCCUCGGAAGGGAGUUUUCCUGUCCUCCCUGAACAGAAAGGAACAUUAUGGAUGGCUGGAUAUCUGCAAAGGGGAAAGCAGGGUCAGAGGAUUACGUCCCAGGGUGGGUUUCCAAAUUUCCAAGCACUACACAGACAGAAAUCCCCUGAAUUUACCCACAGUCAUUUGAAACGCUAACGAGCUCCGCAGGAACUCCUGCUGGAGUGCAGUUUGAUUCACAUCCAGGGCCGGUCAGGAUGAUCGAUGCAGCUGUGUGUGUUAGGCUAUUGCACACACUGCAGGUGCCCCUCGGAGGGCUUCAGUCCAGGAAAACCCGCAAGGAAACCACAGCUACACCGAUCCCAGGAGCUUGUUGCCAUUGGACGUGGUCCACAAAGAAAACUGCUAGCCAAGGGAGAAGAACAUUGGGGAUGUCAGGAUGGGAGGGAAAGACAGCAUAAGAAUGCUGCUCUCGUGUUAACACAGUAACUAGUGCUCUGUAGGGUGAGCAGAUGGACCUUAGCUCUGCUCUCGGUGACUCCACUGACUCCGGAUUCACUCUGGUGUCACCGAGCAGAACGUGGCCUGAUCAGCUUUCCUGACUUGGCUCUUUCACUGCAAUCCGGUCUUUGCGCCUUGUCUCCCUUGAUCUCUUCCCUCUCACCCUCCCGGCAAGGCAGAAUGCAUGUGUGCAAUGUCUGUCUCCCCGUUCUGUCUUUUAAAAGACACCCGCUCAGCACUAUGCCUCUCUGCUGGGAGGGUCACAGACAGAAGCUCCAGAUUUGCCGAUUUGGGAGCCGAGCCCCAUGUCGCUCCAGAACAGCCGGGAAAAUUGGUGCUAUGCCAGUUAAGAGAGCUCCUUCUCCAGCUUAUGUGCUGAGGGCAGCCUUUUCUAUUUCAUUACGGGAAACAGAAAGCUCCCGCUCUGACCCAGUCUUAGGCCUACCACACCUUUUUUUGCCUUUCUCACCUGUAUCAGGGGAACGAAGAUCCACUGAGGCAGAGCUAGGGUGGGGAGAGGGAAAGUAAUACGAAAAUCCACAGCAGCCCUAGCUGAAAUCCCUCGAAAUCCAUUCAGGCCCAGAAAGGAACUGCCCGAAGAGUAGCUCUCACUGCGGCACAAGACUCAGGGCCAAGUUGUGCCUUGUUUCACACACUCCACCAGAUCGUCAGCUGGUGGAAAUGGGCGUAACUCUGUGGACGAGCCCAAAGCAUCCAUUUGUGAAGUGAUCCAAUUCCCCAAGGCUGCAUUGUUCCUUUGCAAGGUCAGAGGGGGAGGAUGGUAAUUUGCAUUGCAUCUGUCCAGGGCGGGGGUCAUUAGUAAUUGAAGUGCUUAUGGGAGUUCUACCAUCUCGUUCACCAGGAUCCCAUCAUUUUGCACCACAUACUUGCUACGUCCGUCGUUUGAGGAGACUCUGGAGAGUUCAGAGUUUGGAUUGUGGGAUAGUUCCCUGGGGGCACAGGGUCCUGAAGAAUUAAACUGGUUGCAAAGAAUUUGGGUAUAUCUGUGCUAUAAUCACAGGGGCUGCCGUUUGAGCAGACGUACCCAAGCAAAGCUAGCUUGGGUCCCGGAGACGUGAAGUGGCAGCAGUGUGAGCUGCAGAUUGGGCUAGCCCAAUGAAUAAUUUCCCAGGGUUCCAGGCUGGCUUGCACAGCCUGCUCUGAAAGUCAUGCUGCCUCAGUUUCCCUGUCCUAAGCGCUGAGCUAGCUAAAUUAGAGCUAGCUUGGGUCUGUCUGCUCGAGCUGCAGACAUGCCUAGUGAUUACAGCAUAGCAUUACCCUUUGUGUGAAGAGGUUCCUUGCUCUCCUGCGUCAGCACCCCUUUGUAAGUUUUACCUCUCUCUCACAUGAUCCCAUGGGGAACUUCCAAGGAGAUGUUUUGUUGCAGAUGAAACACAAGGUUCUUUUACAUUUCAGUGUAAUUUUAAAGGCCACUGGGGGGCUCAUAAUCUGCGCCCUGGUUUUCAGCUUUGUGUGUGUCUGUCUUUUCUCUCUCACACUUUCACAUAGACUCCGAGCUGUUUUGAUUGAUUGUCUUCAGAUGCAGCAAAAGUCCAGCCAGCCAGCCAGCUUAUAGAGUUGGUUCCAGCGUCAAUUCUCACUUGAAAAACAUAACGUUUAAAAACAGCCUUUGGUUUUCCUGCAUAUGGAUCUGAUGCUUUCGUUAAAGAUCGGUUUUGCCUUUUUUCUCUUGGAAUAUAAAUCUCAUUUGGACACUAAAUUCCCUUGACCUCAGAGCACCUUUAUUCCAGUGCCAUGGUAACUGACGGGUUGAAUUUAUGGGAUACCGUCAAAGAUCAGUAUUAACAGCAGAUAUUGAUAUCCCCAGCAUUUUCCAACAGAAAACUGUCAGUGUUGUAUGCAGUUAGUAACCCUAUAAACGGAAUUGUGCAUGGCUCAACACUACAGGUCGAAUGUUUUCUUUUGUGCUUUUUACUCUUGUGAUGUCUGGCUCAUCCAAAAUCUUCUUGGUUUAAUUGCAUUAUAACAAAACAAGAAAGAAGGACUAUUGAAAAGAAACAGUCACCCCAUUCCUCUAUCUGAUGUUCAAAAGCCUGAUUCUCUGCUGCCUUUCACCUUGGGUAGGCCCUUGAAUCAUUGCAGAGUACGUGUAAUUUGCCACUGGUGAUGUGAGUGGAAAAUUCAGAUUGAGCAGCAUUACACACCCACUUUGCCCAGUAUAAAUGACCGUGCUAGGUGUGGGUCAGUGGAGAAAUUCGAGAUUUGCUCCGUAUCUCAGCAUCCAUCUUGGGCAAAUAUCAAAACAAAGCUUGUAACAUCUGGGGAUCAUUUGAAACCUUUUGAAAGUAGUGUGCCACAGGUCGUCUUGGGGGAAGCAUGGCCUAGUGGUCUGAGCACAAGAUUGGGAGCCAGGAUUCCUUAAACGUUUAGAUUACCAUUGUGGUGGCUCUUUUACUAACACUGUGGUAGUGGGCAGGUGUGUAAUCUCUGCCUCGGUUUCCCCAUCUGUAAAAAUAGAGAUAACAACACCUACCAGGACGGGUGUAUUGAGGGUUAAUUUUCUGGCUCAUGCAGUGAAGGUGAAAAGUGUUCUGUCAGUGGCUUCCCAAGACUCUAUUUCUGGACAUCACAAGAGUUCCCUCACUCCAUCACACACUCAGAAGGAAGGCUAGGGCUGGGGUGGAUUUGUUGCUGCUGUUUGUAUGGUAGGAUUUUGUUUUUUCUGGAGAAGAUUUUCCCACGCAUCACACAAGACUUUAAACAGAGAUCCGUCCUUUCUUUUACCGUGUUCGCUGGUUAUUGAGGAGUUGUUCCUAACUCACGCCCACAGGGGCUGGGUUUGUGGUGGUGGAGCGGCUGUGUCUGGAGGCAGGGGGAGCUAGAGAGGGCCUUGCUCAGAAAUGGCUCUUUAAAUGGGGAAGCACGCACUCCCCCAUGUGCCCCGUUGCACAUCGGCAGGUGAGGGGGAGGGGUGUAGCCAUGCCAGUCCGCCCAGUCGUGCUCUCUUUGGGGUGUACAGUGCUGCUGCCCUACACCUUGUGCUUAAGAAGCUCUGGCUCAGCUAGCUGGUGGCCUUCUGCAUGUGGGCACUGGUAACGAAGGAGCUCCCUGCACCCCUUUCCCUCCCCACCUCGCACAGCCAUCAAGGGGCAGCCAGAAUAUGGCCCCAGGCUCUUUGUAUUUCACAAGGGCCGCCUAUGCUUGCUCCUUCGGCAAAGGUGUCAUGCCAACACCACCCUUGUUCCCUUCAGCCCCAGAUGAUAGGUGGUGUGAAACGGGGAUUGUGUCUACACUGUAGAUUCCAGCAGAAGGAGGCAGUGGGUGGAGCGGGAGGAUCUCCUUGAUAUGCAGAGGGAGCACACAACAAAGGCAUUUACACACACGCAAACAUGGCCAGUAUUUCUUGCUGUUCGCUUCAGUAGAAGAGUCUGCCUCAAACCUUUCGUAGAAAUUGUAGAUGGGAAAGACCUGCUAGGCCAUCUUAUCCAUUUCCCUACCAAUGCAGCAUGGAUCCUUGCAGCCCAUUCACUAGAGCUUGGUCCAGUGUAGUUAUAAAAGUCUCAAGCAGAAUGGCUUCUAUCACUUCUUGUCCCUGCUGCAAAAAACACGUCAAAAUGCUCCUUGUCCUCUCUUCCAUCUCAUUGAUGUCCAUCCUCCGUGGACCAUGCUUGGUGCUUACACACUUUCAGAUGGAGAUCAUUAUCACAUCCCUCCUAGGUUAGCGUGCCCCCAAACCAGCUCAAAAAUCAGCCCCUUCCAGCCUCUUAAUUACAUAUUUUUGCUUUUCAUUGAAUUUCCUCCUAUUUAUUGAUAUCUUUCAGUUACCGAGCAAUUAGUUAUAUUCAGUUUUGCUGAUGGGAGCAGGAUCAAGACAAACAGUUGCCUUCACUGGUCUGCUUUUAUUGGUGCAUGGGGGGAAUAUUGCAGAAUGUUUAUUGCUAUUAAUGGAGUAAAAUCUCCUGACCCUAAAAAUGGGAAAGAGACUUGUUAGGGCUAUAGAUUCUCAGCUGGCAUAAAUUGGUGUCGCUCCAUUGAUUUAGCUGGAGUGACGCUGAUUUACUCCGGCUGAGACUCUGGCCCCUUUUGUAUAAACAGCUAUUCUACAAUAAUAAAGUUUAAUGAAUGGAAAUUUCCCCUGGAUUCACAUAAAGUAGCAAGUUCCACUCAUUAAUCUUUAUUGCCGCAUUAUGGCUGUUUAUGUCUAAGGAAUCUUGUCUCCCUGUUGUGCAUAUGUAUUUAUAUAGUGGGAGGGCUGGGGUGAGAAGUGUAUAUAAAAGAGACAUAACUGACCUGAUGUCCACAUAUUUUAUGGUCUGUAACUUCCUCCCCUAGUUGAUUGUUUCCUUGAAAGCUGUUAACUGGCAGCAAAGGAGGUGUUACAGAGCUUUGUCUGCACAGUUGGCCUUUUUGCUCCACUAUGAAAUCCAGAUUGUUUCUUGUGAAAAAAGAUGAGAUCUCCAAAUUAAUAUUUCAGCUCAGCCUUUAGUGGAGCAGGUGGAUAAUAUGGAAUAUGACGAGUUCUGGCAGGCAAGCGCUCUUGCUCCCCCACACCUCGAUGGGAAGAAACAGCUGCUGUUGAGGUCUCCCCAGGAGACAGAUGUGUUUCUCUAGUUGAAAGAGCAUUUACUAACCCCCUGCGAUGCCACGCAUUAAAGUCAGUUGAUUUCACUUAGGAGAGUGUCUGCCCCUUCCCAGUGGGGUUUUUUUUUAUUCCCAAACCUGUUGCCUUUGCAUGUUGUCGACUGAGUUUUUAUUGUGGGCAUGGCAAGGACACCGUUGUAUAGGAACUAUGGGCAGAUGACUGCUGUGCAAUGCUUGGUUGCACAAACCCUCUCUAGUAAAAAAUAUUUCAAGUAGUGGCACAGGAGAAAGAAAUCUUCCAGGAAAGUCAAGCAGCAGAAUGACCUUCAGCACUGGCAGUCUGAGAAGCGAGAGCUCAGUUAUAGUCCUGAUGCCUUCCUUUUGCCCAUCUCAGAUGCUGAUGUUGAUGCUUUCCUUUGAACACAGAGGAGAGACAAAGUGGCGUUGCGAAAUGUGAGCAUGUUGAGCAAAGGAUUGUUCCUUAGUAGAUUUCCCAUGGACCUCUGGCUGCUGGGCUGCAUAAAUGGAAUGUAAUCUAACAGUGGAAGAUGUGUGGGGAGGAGCACAGCCCCUGUAUGGCAGCAGGCAGAGGAAAUACCAAGGAACUGGCCACAGUGCUGAUCCUCCUAUUUCCCUUCUGCUCCUGGUGGGAAGCAGAGCAUAAGAGCUCACUGAGUAUGCCCGUGUAGUACAUCCCAUAUACCAUAGGCUGCUACAGGCACUAAGCAGCCCGGGAGGGAAGAUAGCUCCUUUCCCGUGUCCGGUGCAUCUGCUUAGCACAUGGCCCAACUACACAAGUCGUCCCUUUGCAACAUCAAAAUGUUUUUUAUCAAAUACCGAUUCCUACAGUAGCCCCCUCUUAUCUCCCCAAGGCAGUCCCAGUGCAGGCCUUCAAGCAAAGAGCAGCAGAACCUUAAGAUCAACUAAAAUCCACUCUGAUAAAUGUGGCUAGGGAGUAGAUAUGCAUAAGAGCACGUAUUAGCUGGUAAGGAUAAAUUAUCUGGCAGUGUGUUUCUAGGACAUGACUUUGGCAGCAGUACAAAGACAAGAGAGCAAAGGGAAGUUCUACAAAGCCAAGAAAUGAGAGGAGACACCUUUUAGGAUUGUCUUUGAAUAUCCUAUUACAAGGAAUAGAUGACUUAAGGUCUAUUAGGGAAAGUUCAUUCCUCAUUGAAGCCAGUGGCGGUCCACCAGAGAUGAAUUUGACCGUGUGUUAUUUUACACCUAGCUGUUAUACCUUUACAGUUCUCAUCCCAAAGCUGCAUGGAAACUAUUGGCUACCAAUGUCCUCAUCUCAUUUUUGGCCAUCCUUUAAGGCUUGCCCUGUGUUCCUGGGAUUUCCGCAGCUUUUUGGGAGGCGGGGGCGUCGCCUGCUGUUGUUUUUAGGAUCCUUUUUAUUUAUUGAUUUAUUGUUUGUCCAGUGACUCAUGAUACGGCAGCGAGCCACAUUAAAUCAUGCAUGGGCGCAUACCUCCGAUGGGAGGCUACCACCAGCUGAGAGGUGUACCUGGGGCCCACUAAUGCACGCCCCCAGCUUGGCUUGUUGCUAUCAGAGUGUCGCUCGAUAAAAUCUUUUCCAGAAAUGGAGCAAGUCUGGAUUUACACCAACGGAACAGAGAUCUGAAUCUGUCACAUCCACAGCCAUGCUGCAAUGUGGACUGUGUUUACUUCCCAGAGGGAUUUACAGGUUCCCUAAAGCAAUGAGGCAAAACUCCAGGGGUUGAGUGGUUCUAUGAGGAUAAGCAGGCAGAAGCUCAGAAGCUUCUAAAGUCCUCUGGAAGUAGUGAUGGAAAUCUCACAAGAUCAGAUGUCAUUUGAAGAUUUCCAAUACAUUGUGGGUUUGGCCGGAGCAGAACAACCUUCUUAUAGCUUCUCUGAUGAUAUUUUGAUAUGUUACUUCCACUUCUGGGCCCAGCCAAACCCAAUAAGGACAGAAUUGUGGAAUUUUUAAAUAGAAGGGGGGGAAAAGUGAACCAAGUUUUUUUUUAACUUGGUUGUAAAAUGUCUUUUUGGUGCGCACUAUAGGAAAGAUUCAGGCCAGUUCUGAUUAUAUCUCCUCCCUAAUUCUUCACCUUUAGAAGGUGAUAGUGGUCUUGAGUCUCACUUACACUAAGGUGCCUCCGCUUUGCCAGAACAGUGUAAAGGAGCUUUAAGGUAAAUGCGAUUUGGGCAUUCAAUCCUUUUGAAACUGGGUGGCCCCUGAUUUAGUUCAGUCUCAGUGCUAGAUUCUGUGAUAUGACUGUCCAGGUGUAUUCUCUGCUCGCGUGUACGCAGAAGUGACACACACCAAUUUGUGCUAGAAGACAACGUGAGAUAAGGACUAGAGUACAACUUUUGGCCACGGUGUGGUGGUGAGAGCAGCCAUCUUAGAAUUAGGUUGGUAAAUUCUUUGACCUGUCCUAUGCAGGAGAGCAGACUAAAUGAUCACAGUGGUCCCUUCUGGCCUAGUGAUCUAUGAGCAACUGGGCCCUGCAGCCUCAGGGUGAAAUGACUUGUGCCAUCUCAUUCUUCAUACUGAAUCCAUGAGGAAAAGCCCAGGUUUCUGCCGAGUGCUUCACUCCUUCCAAUGACUGAGAGAGGAACAGGAGCAUUGACUGCACUUUUGAAGUACAGAUGUGCCGUAUAACUAACACUUGGCCCGUCGCUUGUAUCGCACAGAGUAUUAAUGAAGGAUAAGCUGCUACAGAUUCAGGUUGUUGUACAUAUAGGUAUAUUUGUGAGGAAGGAGGGUGAGGAAUUAGUCCUAACUGAAGGGAAGAGGUUUUGAAACAGGCUCUCAGAACAGCGGGCAGAUGGGCUGUUGUCUAAGGCUCAGAACCUCAGCUGAUGUACAUCACCAUUGCUCUGUUGAUUUCAGUGACGCUACAAUGUCUGAGGUCAGCGGAAGAUCUGGGCACUGGACUGUCGUUUGGUUUUUGUGCGGUAGUUCUGCCUCAGUAGAGUGCAUUUUCCUUGACUUAGCCAGUCCAGCCUUUUACUUACACAUUUUUCUGUUACACUGGCAGAUGAAUUUUGAAGUAUUGUAAAUACCAAAGGAUGGGAACAUUACGUUUCUUUCCUCAGGUAAGAGUGGUAUUUUUUUCAACUAAAAGAACAUUCAGCCAUCCCUGAAUUUGCAGGAACAGUCUCUUAAAGUUUUUAGUCCUUCUCAGUCCAGUCGUGUAUUUUGUUUAAGAAGAAUACUGUGAAAAGAUAGGAAGUACUAGAUGUGAGAGGUGUAUUAAGGAGGUACAUUAAGGGUCUACUAUGAGCUGGCAGAGGGCAGCAGAAGAGUUAAGAAGUUACCUGCUGCUCAUGGGGUAAACUGAAAUAAACUGCAGUCAGAAUCAUAGCUAUUUAAUCAGGAUGUAAUUCUGCUGUAAUGUACUCUGGUGUAAAUGCAGAACUCUCCAUCCAACACAGAGCACUCACUCCAGAUUUAGACCCUAAUUCUAUCGGAGUACAUUAAUGUCAAUGGCAGUAGAAUGUGGCACAAAUUGUUUUGGAUAUAUCCUACCAUAGCUAAUGAAUUUUCAAAGCUAUGUCACCUUUUCAUUAUCUCUGAAGCUGUGAAUCAUGUGAAUGGUGUUUGCGGUGACAACUGCCAUUGUACUGAUCAAGGUUGGCUGAAAUAUUCACAGCAACAUCUUGAAAAUCUUGAAACUUUGCAUUUCACUUCCGUUUGGUGAAAUUAAAUUAACUUUGACAAAAAGCUGCUAAAUUUUGUUUCUUGCAAGUUAGGAAUAAACAUGAACCCUUAUCAAGGGGGAAAAAACCUAGAAAUGACUGAAACUUUGAAAUCAAGUGGUUUAAAAAAAUUGGCCAAGAUUGAUUGAUUGAUUGAUUGAUUUUUUUGGCAUCGAAACAAAUGAAGUUUCCAAAUUUGCAGCAUUACAAUCUUCUCUUUCCUGGGGUAGUGGGAAUUUUUGUAAAAAGCAAAAAUGUCUUGCGAUGAAAUUUCUAGAAUCAGAUAGUAGAAAAACCAGUGGAACACCAGUUGCAUUGCAAAUGGGCACAUGUAAAGCAGCGUCUCCUGCUUUUCCAUACGUUGAAGUGGAAACUACUCUCUCUUAUUAUUUAUUCAUUUGUGGUAGCACCCAAAAUGUACUAAAGAAAGCCAUUGUCCCUGUCCCCAUAUGCUUACCUACCUUGUCUUUCUUUGUUAUCCUCUGAGUGUUGAAAUGGCAAAUGUCUAUUGCUGGCUAAUUAGUAUUUUAUGUUAUAUUUCAGAGUAGCAGCCGUGUUAGUCUGUAUUUGCAAAAAGAAAAGGAGGAUUUGUGGCACCUUAGAGACUAACAAAUUUAU